ACACAAAUUCAUAAUAUCCGAUUUUAGCCGAUGUAACACGAGCCAAAUAAAUGUACUUGCUGACAUGGCGUUUUAGCUCUUCUGCACAGAUCAAGUUGCGCAUCGUCGUCGUUUCUUCCCCAACGAACCAGCCAGCCAGCCAGCCAACAACGACGAGGACGACGACGACAACGACAACACCGACAAGAGUAUAUAUAGUGAAUAUUGUAUAGUAUAGUAUAGCAUAAAACAGUGUAGGUGGGUAGGUGGAUACAAGACACAUUUAUUUAGUUUGUGCAGUUGUGUGCAGUGGGUUCAAUCAUCAACCCUCGGGUUAACGCGGCCUAUACAUACUAGAAUCCUGGAUAAGAUGCCAAGAUUACAAUCAAUAAGGACAAUAUAAUAAUCAAAAGACACACAGACACCAGACAUCAAUUUUUCAUCAAGCAUUAUAAUCAAUUUGUCAAUUUAAAAACACACAGAGAGAGAGAGUAAUAAUUAAUUUAAAAAUAUAAAGCCGUAGUUAACGCGGAAGGGCGUAAGCAACGGCAAAAAAUAAAAUUGUCAAAAAUUAUAAAAGAGUCUGAUGUUAGCGGAUAUUAACGGCAAUCUGGCGGAUUUGAGAAGUGAAGCGAUGGCGUCGCAGAGAUUUUGUCUGCGUUGGAAUAAUCAUCAAAGCAAUUUGUUAUCAGUAUUUGAUCAGUUGCUUCAUGAUGAAGCAUUUGUUGAUGUCACAUUGGCUGUUGAAGGACAAUUGCUUAGAGCACACAAAAUGGUUUUAUCAGCAUGUAGUCCUUAUUUUCAGGCACUAUUUACAAAUCAUCCAGAUAAACAUCCAAUUGUCAUACUCAAAGAUGUACCAUAUGUUGAUAUGAGAAGUCUUCUUGAUUUUAUGUAUCGUGGUGAAGUGAGUGUUGAUCAGGAUCGUUUACCAGCAUUUUUGAGGGUUGCCGAAUCAUUGAGGAUCAAGGGUCUAACUGAGGUCAAUGAAGAAAAAUGUGAUUUACCAAGUAUAACAUCAUCUUUACUUGGUAAUCAAAAUAUACUAUCACAACAUCAACAACAACAGCAACAACAGCACCAACAGCAACAACAACAACAACAACCACCACCAAAUCUACAUAGAAUAAAUCAAAUUGGAUCAUCUCAUCAUCAUCAUGGUGGAGGUGGUGGUGGUGGUGGUGGUGGUGGUGGACAAAAGAGGUAUCAUCAUAUGUCGAGUCAUCCAUUACUUGGAUCAGCAUUAACAGCACCAAAAAGAAAGCGUGGUAGGCCAAGAAAAUUGAGUGGUUCAUCUGAUACUGGUGGUGGUGAUGGACCACAAGAUCUUCAAACAUCUGAUCUUGUUCAAGGCUCUCCGGAAAUGAUGGAAAUGAAAAUGGGCAUUGAUUUUCAAAGUGAAACAAGUACUGGAAAUGGUAAUGCAAAUAACAGUGGCAGCAAUCGUUCAGCAAAUUCAACACCAGGACCAAUCACUGGAAGAAAAGACGAUUCAAUGGAAAAUGGUGAACGUGAUACACCCGAGCCAGUCACACCCAAAAUCAAAAAGGAGCUAGAACCAACACCAAGUACCUCUGCGCAGGAAUCUGGAUCAGGAUCACCGGCCAAGUCAGAGACAAGUGAAAAAAAUAAAGGACGAGAUUCAAGUGUCAGUAGAACAAGUUCACCCUUGACACCAUCUCAAACAGAAACAGCAGCAUCCAGAUUAACACCAACAACAACAACAACACCAUCAUCAACAAUAACAACAACAACAACAACAAAUUCAACAACUGUUCCAUCAUCAUCAACAGCAACAACAACAACAACAACAAAUAAUUCUUCAACUACUACUGCUACUGCAACAACAACAACAACAACUACAACAGCAUCAUCAAAUAAUAAAAGUGCCUCACCAGCAGCAAGUGGUCGUGGUGGUAAUCAAGUACAACAACAAACACCAACUGGUGAGGGUGCAAUGUCAGCACCAACUGGUCGACAAGUGCCAAAAAGACGUAUGAGACGUCGAGCAACAUCACAAUCACAAGAUCCAGCUGAACAACUUACUGAAAUGUCUGUACGUGGUUUAAAUUUAUUCCGUUAUGCAUCAAUUAGUGAGGGGGUUUAUCAAUGUACUGAAUGUGCUAAACUUGAUAUACAAAAAACAUUUAAAAAUAAAUACAGUUUUCAACGACACGCAUUUCUUUAUCAUGAGGGACAUCAAAGAAAAGUAUUUCCUUGUCCUGUAUGUGCUAAGGAAUUUUCAAGACCAGACAAAAUGAAAAAUCACAUGAAAACUGUGCAUGAUUGUUUUAUGCCCAAGGAUUGUGUUGUACCUUUUGGAUUUUAUAAUUUAUAAAUUAUAUGAUGAUGGAGCAUCACUGGUUGCAUUCUCUGUCUGAUGGUCAGAAGUAUAUUUUUAUUUUUAUUUAAAAAAAAAGCAAGCAAUAAUUAUCAAAUAUUUUUAUUUGUUUUUUUGUUUUAAUCUAAUAUUAAUUAAUUUUUGAUUCUCCAUUGCCUGCACUAUUUUUCUGACCUUUUAUUUUAUUUUCUUCCGUCCAUGCUCUCUUUUUAUCUCUUGUCUUUUCAUAAUACAUAAUAUUGAUUGAUUGUGAUUAAAGUGAUCUCGUGAUUAAAGCGAGAUCAAGGGGGGAUAAUUUGUGGGCUUGGAGAAUGCAAAUUCAGUUGCUUUUUGUUCUUUUUUUUUUUAAAUUAAUUAAUUAUUUGUUUCAAUUCUUUCCACUAUUAUUAUUAAUAUAAUUAUUAUUUAGUAUAUUAUUGUAACUUUUUUUUUUUUUUUUUUUUAUAAUUAAUUUCUUCAAGUCUUUCCCCGCAUAUAAAUAUAAAUAUAUUGUUAUUAUCAACAAAUUCCAAUGGUGCAAAGCGUUCAUCAUUUUUUUUUUUAUUGAAUUAAAAUGAUAAUACGUUUAGCUUUUAUAUUGCAAAGAUGAGCAAAGAUGAGAAUUUAAAUACCACAGAUAGAUUUUAUGUAUAUGUAUAUCAUUUGAUAUUUUAUUUAAACGCUUGCGUUUAUUAGUGAAGAAAGUAACGAAUGUCAAAAAGAAAGUUUAUAUCAUGGAUUAUCACAAAUGACGUUUUGUACUGCCCAGCAGUAUUUGGUAUAUCUGUACAGAUUUCUAUCGAGAUAUAGUAUCUUGUAUUAUAUUAUAUAUAAAUAAGAGUGUCACAACAAUACUGUGCACAAAGGAUAUUUCAUUAUUAUUAUUAUAAGAUAAUAAUGUAAAAAUAACGAGACGAAGAUGAAAAUAAAAAAAUGAAAAUAUAAAAAAAAAUAAAACAUAAAACAUAACAAGUAAAUGUAUGCAACGAUAGCAAAAUUAGUUGAUGAGCUCGUUGAAUACUUGAAUAGUUUGAAAAAAAAAUGAAAACAAAAAAAAAAAAAUGAUUAAUAAUUAUUAGUUGAUAAUAUUUUUUAUUGUUACUGUUUCUAUAAUUGAUUACAACAGUUAUUAUUAUUAUUAAUAUUAAUCUAUAAAAUAAUAUUGUUUUGAUAUAAGGAUUAUAUAAAUUUUUCAGCAGUCAAUACGAAAUGUUACAAAUUAUUAUUAUUAUUAUUAUUAUUAUUAUUAUAUUAAAGAUAAUUGAAAGGCAAGACGUGCACACUAUUUUGUUUAAAACAAAAUUUUAAAUAUAUAUAUAUAUAUAUAUCAGUUAAAUUAAAAUUAAAUUUUUCAUCAAAUAAAAUUGAGCAAUGACUCAAAGUUAUUGUUAUUUAAAAGAAAAUAUAUUUUAAAAAAAUUUUAUUAUUAUAUACGUUGAAAAAUUACAAGCCAAUACUUUGUUUUUUGAUAAUACUACGAAUAAUUGAAAUCAAAUAAUAUUUUUGUAUUUGAUAGGCAAUAAGUAAUUGAAUGAAAAAAAAAAAAAAAACAAACAAAAAUAUGUCAAUUAUAUGUUUGGUCCAAUUAAGUCUUCCCUUUUCCCAAGUAUGUCGACUUAACAAUUUGUACAUGUAUUUUAU